UCGUGUUUGUGCCAAUAAUAGCCAAAUUUGGCGAAAUACCACUUAUAGCCAGCUUUUAAACUUGUUGUAUGACAAAUAUAGCCUUUUCCAUUAGAAACUUUAACGGUGUUAAUAACACCGACAACUUAUUUGACGAUUUGCUAACUAGACGCCAACUAAGUGGACACAACGCCACAUAAGCAAAUAGUGACACGUCAGACAUUUCAAUUAUUUAAUAUUUAAACAUCAUAAAUAAAAAAAUAAAAAAUUGUUACCCUCACAUAGCCAUCUGCUUCGCACCAUCUUACACAACUUUCCCCAAUUUCAUUUUAGGGUUCUUCCCAACCGCCUACCGCCUCUCCAUCUUCAACCCCGACAUCAACUUCCCAGAACCCUAAAUGGAAAAAGGGGGCAAAAAUGGCGCCUUGCGACGAGAAGGUGGAGGAAGAAGAAGACGACGUCGUCGAUGAGAGGAGAGCUUCUGCUACUCUUCCAGGAGCUUAUCUUUCGACGAGACGUCGUGUGAGUUCAGCCGCGCUGGGGAGACGACGGGUAGUGAGAACGAGGAAGGGAAGCUGCGGCGGCGGCGGGCCGGGGAGGGUGGCUGGAGGACGAACCCGAGUAUUGGACCUACACUAAUCCUCUUCCCCAAAUCCUUCGAUUUUCCAAUUUUGGGGGUUUUUUAAUUCAAUUUUGUAGAGAAGAAAAAGGGAAAUAAGUUAGUGCAGAGGAUGAUGUGGUGGUUGUGUGGUGGUUGGCGGUGGUCGACGAGAAGACAGAGUGGUGGUGGCGUCGCAGCGGUGGAUUGUCGGCGGAGAGGAUGUUGCGGCAGGGAGACUUACGACGAUGGAGGAGGAUAGCAGAGGAAUUUGGAGAUUUUUUGUUUGUUUUCCAGUGUAGGUUCUUUGGAUUUCCGAGAGAAAUAAAAGGUGGUUUUUUUGUUCAUUACUUUAAUAAUAGUAAGAAAAGUCA